UUGGCUCGUAGUCGCGUCAAUCCCGCUGCGCGACUUCUGUAGGCUGGCAGGCUUCCUUCAAUUUUAUUUCUGGGGGAGCAGGGUAAAAGUACAAAAAAAAAAAAAUGUUGCCGAUACACAACACAGAGACGGACUGAAUGGAGGCACUGCUGUCAGCGAGGGGAGAUAAUAAAUCCGUCUGCGGUCAACUGUGACACUGACCGGUAAGCACGAAUGCGAGAGCGGCUCGUCGAGUUCUCCGUAAACGUCCAGCCCUCAGCCUCCCCAUGCCUCCAUCUCCCCUUGACGACAGAAUUGUGGUGGCGCUGCCAAGGCCGAUCCGACCUCAGGAACUCCAACUGCGCCUAGACACCAGCUACCUGGACUCCAUCACCACCAGCAGCAGCAGCAACACCGUCAUCAGCACCACCGUGGUGAAGAUCCGGGCGACGGCCAAUCUUGUAACGUAUAUGCCCUCAUCCAAGGGCUCCACGCGCUCGUUGUCGUGUGGAUGCAGCAGUGCCAGCUGCUGCUCUGUGACUACCUAUGAGAAGGACAGCCAGAGCCUCAACCACAGCCAGGUGAGCGCCAGCAGCCCCAACCUCAGCUAUGCUGGCCCCCAAGCUCCUAUGGUGCAGAACCAUGAAACGUUAAGCGCCCCCAGUCUAACCCCGGGGACGCCAAAGUCCGCCGUGAGGGUCAUCCACCCCAAUGAGCUUGCCAAGCGGAUGACCUACUGUCCCAUGGGUCACCCCGUGGGGCCCGUGCCGGUCAUCAUUGACUGCCGGCCCUUCAUGGAGUACAAUAAGAGCCACAUCCGCGGGGCUGUGCACAUCAACUGCUCCGACAAGAUUAGCCGGCGGCGGCUGCAGCAGGGCAAGAUCACUGUGCUGGACCUCAUCUCCUGCCGCGAGGGCAAGGACUCCUUUAAGGGCAUCUUCUCCAAAGAGAUUGUGGUUUAUGAUGAGAACACCACGGACCCCAACCGGCUCACGCCCUCCCAGCCGCUGCACGUGGUCCUGGAAUCCCUGAGACGGGAGGGCAAGCACCCCAUCAUCCUCAAAGGAGGCCUUAGCUACUUCAGGCAGAACCACGGAAACCUGUGCGAGCACUCACUGCAUGUUCACGAGGGCUUGGACACGGGUGCAGCCGCCGGCCUGACGGGGCCGCUACCUCACGCCCUGCCCUCCACGCCGGACAUCGAGAACGCAGAGCUGACGCCGAUCCUGCCCUUCCUCUACUUGGGAAAUGAGCGCGACGCUCAGGACAGCCACCUGCUGCAGCGUCUGAACAUCGGCUACAUCCUAAAUGUGACCACCCACCUGCCGCUCUACCACUACGACACGGGUCUCUUCAUCUACAAGAGGCUGCCCGCCACCGACAGCAACAAGCAGAACCUGCGCCAGUACUUUGAGGAGGCAUUCGAAUUCAUCGAGGAAGCACACCAAGCAGGUAUGGGCCUUCUGAUCCACUGCCAGGCAGGCGUGUCUCGGUCGGCCACCAUCGUGAUCGCCUACCUGAUGAAGCACACCUGGAUGACCAUGACGGACGCCUACAAGUUUGUCAAGACCAGGAGGCCCAUCAUCUCCCCAAACCUCAACUUCAUGGGCCAGCUGCUGGAGUUUGAGGAGGACCUCAACAAUGGAAUAACGCCACGAAUCCUCACGCCAAAGCUGAUUGGUGUAGAAACGGUAGUUUAAACAAACCCUCGACCCAACGCUCCUGCUUGGACUCAGUGUUUCUGUUUUUGAACACACUGGCUGCACUAUGAGCCUGUUUGAUUGUAAAAGGUCGAGAAAUACGCUGAUUUUUCUUUCUUUUUUUUUUUUUUUUUUUGAUCUUCUGGUCCUCAUCUUGGACUCUCUUGAGUGCCAACGCUCUGGGUCACAGUGGUGGAGAGAAAUGCCAAAAAUCCCUAAUGCCUGGACCUGGCUGAAGUCCCGGAGUAGACGAAGUGUCAGUUUGGAGAGGUUAUCUGUUUGUGAACGCAGAGCAGCGAACUCGAGGGAGGAGAAAAAUCGAUUUGGAAAUGACUGUGGUUUCUGAGGUUGUGGGCAGUUACUGACAGGAAGGACAAAGCUCACACAGUGGCACAGUGCUUGUAGACUCAGGCAUGGUUGGCCACGGUAGUGCCUGUCUAAAUAAAAAAAAAUAAAGAAAAACAAUAAAACAGACAAAAAACAAAAAGAUGAAGACUUGUUUGGUGUGUUUAAUGUUAUUGUUCUAUUUUUAUACAGGGGUUUAAGCGGAUGACCAUGACAAGCCCACAGUGGCUUACUGUGCAAUAAUUUCAGAGUGGAGUGCAACUGAGACAUUGAUCUUAUAUAUGUAUAUAUCGGUAAUAAUUACAAAACAUUUCCAGCUCCUUGCUGAAGAACCAUUUUAAUGUUGGUGUAAUUACUGUUGUUCAGCUCAAUAUGUUUAUGAUGCAUAUGGUCAUGCUGUGAUAUUUGGCGCUGAUUUGUGUGAGAAUCUAAAAAAAAAAAAAGAAGAAGAAGAAAAUUUGGGAUUUCACUCUGAGUGCAGCUUAAGGGGUUUCGUCUGUUGUGCAUUCGCUUCAGCAUUUCAGUUCUGCCAUUCCUGUAUCCACGUAUAUUUUUAGCAAUACACAUAUUGCCAGGCAGCCAUAAGAGCUCUUUUAUGCAUGGCUGCAAGCGGAAGAAAGAUCACUUUGAAAUAUUCGGUGAAUAUUGUAAAACAGGGCUACUGGUGAUGUUUAAUGUAACACAACAGAGGACUUUCACUGCCUGCUUCUGUCUCCUCGGUUUGUUCUCGCUCCACUUCACCCAUUAGCCGGCUCUGUUGUACUGUACUUUACUAUGUUACCGUCUCCAUCCACAUACGUCCGAUCUUCUUACCAGUGUCCCACAUUCUGAGCUAUGUUUUAAUGUUUAAAAGUAGCAGAGGCGUAAUCUAAACUUAUAGGUCAGUUCAGUGUGUUACGGUGGUGGUAGUCGAGCAGCGUGACCCUCCUCCUUCUUUCCACACAACUCCAGCUCGCUGACACCAAGAUACAGUUAAGGGGGACUCUUCUGCCUUGCUAAAGUAGGCAAGCGCUGCUGUCACGUGCUGCUCCAGUGCCUCUAUCAAUGCCUUAAUUCAUACAUCUAUGUUGGGCCUGUGCAUGGCACAGCAUCACGUGCAGACAAAUAUAAAUCACAGGCAGGAUUUCGUUUUAACGCCCUGACAAAAUCUAUCCUCUUUAUCCGAUGAAUUUAAUUUAUAGAUUACAACUACUUUCCCUUAUGAAAAGGCACAAUCUAGAAACUGUGCAUUUCAAACAUGUUUAAGAGGCUUCAGGUAAAAAAAUAAAAAAGGUUUUGCAAUUUUGAUUUAGAGGUGAAAGAGAAGCUGAGCAUCACUGUAAAAGUCUUUAAAUCAAGUUGGCACUAAAUGGUGCUAAAUGUUCUUUAUUUAGUGUGUGUCAGUAUCCUCACCUCUGAUCCAGGUUACAACAGAUACACGCAGACAAGUAUGAAAAGGAAAGGUUGAAGAGGCGUCCUUUCAUAUAUUCAAGGAUCCGAAUGAUUGCGAUUUGAGUGAGUGAAAAAUUUAAGAUGAACUGGUUGAAGCAAUGUAUGUGUACAAAGAAAAAAAUCCCGUCUGUGAGAGGCUAAUGUUGGCUAACCAAAUGGGCCAGGCUUUUUACUGUUUAAGUUUUAAAGGUGUAGAUUUUGCAUUAUUGGUAUGCUGAUUCUCGAUCAUGCAUGUUAGUUUUUACAGAUUUGAUUGCCACAGUUUCAGUGAUACAAGGGUAAACUUAACUCUGUGUUUUAAGGAUUUUCAUGCCGGCGUAAACAGCAGAACACACUCUCUAAAGACUUAUGAAGACUGUAUGGACAAAAAAAAAAAACCAACAACAAUUUUUUCAAAUGAAUAAAAAUGUCCUUGUUAAAGCCCGAAAACCAUAUGUCCUUGAUCCGUGUGGUUUUAAUUUAAUAAUCCCAAGGGCUGUUAAAGUUUUCUCAACACAGAAAAGAGUGUGUAGUCUUUAAACUGAACUCAAAACGCAAGGUUCAGACCAAAAAUAAUCAAGUAGUGU